AUGUCAGCUGAAUUCAACAAUCUGAUGGUUAGUGAUAACGCUAAUAGAUUGGAAGUAGCUGAACUAUCAGAAUUUAUUGAAAAUCGGCUAUAUUUCAUGGUAUUAUCUAAUCAUAAGGGUCCCACAACGCUUCAGAAUUUUAAGGAUUGGAAAAAUUCAUUGAAGGAUAAUGAUGUAUUUUAUUUAAAUGUUGAUGACUAUUUGGUGUAUGAUGGUUUUUAUAGCGACUUUGGCCCUUUAAAUUUAGCAAUGAUAUAUCGCUAUAUUGGUAUAGUACGCGACAAAUUUAAAGUAUAUAAGAGAGUGAUUCACUGUGCUCAUAUUGGUGAUCUAAAGAAAAGGUCAAAUGCAGCUUUUCUUAUUUGUGCAUAUUUGAUAAUUGAAAAUAAUUGGACAGCACACCAAACAUAUAAUAUAUUAUCAAAAGAAUAUAAACAUAAAUAUAUACCAUUUAGAGACGCAUCAUGUUUGUUGCAAUCAGAAUAUUCAGUGUCAGUUGAAGAAUGUGUUAAUGCCUUAUACAAAGCUAAAUGGUAUGGAUUUUUUGAUAUGAGUGACUUUGAUUUGGAGGAAUAUGAAAAAUAUGAGACCGUGAAGUAUGGUGAUAUUAAUUGGAUUGUACCUGCUACCUUAUUGGCAUUUUCAUCACCACAUUCUCGAGAUUAUAUUGACAAAUCUGGCUAUCAGAUACAUUCUCCAGCUUACUAUUACCCCUAUUUCAAAGAAAACAAUGUCAAGCAUGUAGUUAGAUUAAACAGUAAAAAGACUUAUGAUGCUAAACGUACCUUUGUAACAGUAGCUAAUAUUCAACACACGGAUUUAAUUUUUACCGAUGGUACACCACCUUCAGAUGCUAUUCUCAAAUGUUUUUUGCGCCUCUGUGAGCAGUAUAUUGAUGAUAAUUUUGAAGUUGAACAUACAAAUAAUGAAAAAAGUGAACUAAAUGAAAUCACUCCAAAUAUAAUUAUAAAUAGUGAAGCUAAUGUGGCUAAAUAUGCAGGUGCUGUGGCUGUACACUGUAAAGCUGGAUUGGGAAGAACUGGUUGUUUAGUGGCUUCAUAUAUUGUGAAGCAUUGGUCAUUUACGGCAGUAGAAGCUAUAGCAUGGACUCGUAUAUGUCGACCAGGUUCAGUAAUUGGUGUGCAGCAACAAUGGCUUAUCAAUAAAGAAGAUUAUCUAACAACUCUUGGUAAACAAUGGCGAGAAAACCAAAAAAAUGCUUGUAAUAAAUUUAAACGGUUCACAAAUGGGGUGUACAGUGUUAAACGGCAUACCUCCAAUGCUAAUAAUGCAUAUGAGUUUGUAGAUCCACCACCUCAUUUAUACAUUAGUAAUGAGGAACAAUACACCAGCAGUUGUAGUGGAGAUAGUGAAAUAGAAUAUGAAGAAUCUGAAGAGUACAACCAGAACAGACUGUCAUCUGUCUUAAAAAAUAAAUUGAAGACAAACAAUCAUGCCCUUCCUAAUAUCCAAAGUGAUAUCUAUGUACCAAACUUAAGACAAAAGAGAUCAGCCUCAAAAACAGAGGACCCUAAGCCUAAGAGUACAUUUUCAGCAUUAAAAAAUAUUCGUCGAGUUACAAAUGCAUCUAUUGGAAUAAGUAUGAAUAAUCUGGUGAAAAAAAAUAAUACUGAUCCAACUACAAUUACUAUCACAAGAAGUAAUUUAAAGGCAUCUAUAAUCGGAAAAAAAAAUACAAAACCAAUAACUGUAUGUAAAGCUAGCACCAAAACAACAAAUACAUCAGAAACUGCUACAACAAUAACGGACGAAACAAAACCAUCUUAUGCAUUAGCUACUGUGGCAUCAUCUGCUCGUGUGUCAAGGCGUCUUCGUAAUCAAAACUCCAUUACAAAAUAA